AAAAAAAAUGUCUUACAAUAUUCGAAAACUGAAAUACUUCGUUGAUGACAUCGAUGGAGGUUUGCGAACAAAUCAGCUCAUAGCUGAAGAUUAUUUUUUAGCUGAGGACGAUCACGAAUUGGGCGAAAUGAUGGGUAUGAUGAUGUCUCAGGCACAUUAUAGUAGCUUUUGGGGUGUGGCGCGUGGUGAGUUGGCAACCAAGGCGGUGCAUGCGCAGGAAAAGGAAAACCUUCGCUUGUCAUGGACAAGCGGGACAACACCAUUGACAUCAAAUACAUUUUUUCGUGAGGGUUAUGUUCACUUUACCAAAGGAAACUUUCUAUCGAACAUGCCGAUCAUUGGCCGUGCACUGUCUAUGUUCUUUCAAAAGAAGGUUAUCGAGUCAUUGGUGGUGCGAGAAGGCAAGGUUGUUUUUCGUGAUUUGGGAUACAACUGGCAGCUUGGCGUUCAUUAA